AUGGAGCAGCAAAUAGUUCAGCUCCUCCACGACACGCAGUCGCCCAACGAUGCUCCUCGUCGCAAUGCCGAACUGCAACUCCGCCAGCUCUACACAAACACUGCCUUCGCUCCCACCUUGAUCGCCGUCGCUUCACACCAAUCCAUCGACCUACCUACCCGCCAAGCUGCCCUGCUGUUCCUCAAGCAGUUCGUCCAGCAAGUAUGGUCUCCCCAAUUCGAAGAGUUCAAGGGCGACAUGCUCGUCUCUGUCGAAGACCGUGCAAAGCUAAGACAGGCCCUGCUUGAUCUGGCCACGGAUGCACACCAGGAGAGAAAGAUCAAGAGCGCCGCUUCCAUCGUUGUCAGCAAGAUUGCUACUGCCGAUUUCCCCGACGAAUAUCCAAACCUCCUUCCUACCUUGCUACACAUCAUCAACAACGGUCAGGAUGGUCAACUACAUGGCGCCCUCAAGGUCCUGCAAGACUUGGUUGACGACUGCUUCAACGAUGAUCAAUUCUUCAACGUUGCCAACCAGAUCGUCUCAUCUGUCUUCGCCGUGGCCACCAGCUCACGACCCACCAUUCUUCGUGCUCUGGCUGUUUCCGUCUUCCGAUCAUGUUUCGAUAUGCUGGAGAUGGUCUUGGAGGACCACAAGACUGCCGUCAAGUCUUUUGCCGAAGAGACUCUGAACAACUGGUACCCAUUCUUCCUCGCUACCUUGAACAUGCCCGUACCACCAACUCCUGUCGAGCAAGACGAAUCCCAGAACCCUGUCGCUGAAGAAUACCGUGGUAUCGUCGCUCUCAAGUUGCAGGUCGUCAAGGUCUUGAUGCGUGUCCGUUCCAUCUUUCCCUCCGUCAUAGCUCCUCAGGCUCCUGCUCUCUUCGCUGCAACUUGGCAAGAACUCAACAACCUACGCCAGCCAUAUCAUGAGUCCUUCAUCCUGCAGGAUCGUCAAGGUAGACUCGAGGACGCUGAUGGUCUGCCAUUCACUCUGGACUUCCUCGUGCUUGAAGAGCUCGACUUUAUGCAGGCCUGUCUUCGUGCAGCCCCUGUCCGAAAACAACUCGAAGAGCAGCUGCAGUCACAGUCAAUGCCAGACACUUGGGUCACCGAAGUCAUGAAGCUCACUGUCACAUAUGCCCACAUUACCACUGAGGAAGAAGGCUUGUGGGACAUUGACCUCAACAUCUUCCUUGCUGAAGAAUCAAAUUGGAUGAGUAAUGCUACCCUCGAGGGUCUGCUGCAUUACACGCACGAGCUCUACUCGACUGACUCGAGUUGGAAGGCAAAGGAGUCUGCUCUUUUCAUCCUCAAUCAACUCUUGACCGACUGCUCUGAUGCUGAGCGACCAAUAGCUCCUGAAGUUGCUAAUGCUUAUAUCGACUUUAUCAGAUACGCAAUGCAGCAGGAACACGUCUUCCUUCGAGCUCGAGGCCAUUUGACUGCUAGUAGUCUCGUCCGCACGGCUGAUUCUGCUCUUGGUGGCGUUGCGUCCUCGCUCAUGGAACAAUCGCUGCACGCCAUUACCAACGAUCCUUCUGACGUUGUCAAGGUGUCUUGCAUUCGUUCCAUGCAAGCAUACCUCACUGGCGUUGCUGCUGCUAACAGCGCCUCCAUGCAACCUGCUAUCAUCAAUGCUAUCCAUACUUUUGUCACCGAGCUUGACUUCAGCGACAUGGACGAGUCGGAGGAUGUCAUGAUCGCCAUUGUCGAGACGUUGCGUGAUGCCAUUAUGAUUGACACCCGUAUCUGUUUGACUGGCUCUGGUUUGGACGUCCUAUUCACCAUUGCCAGUUGGUGCGCUGUCAACUACCAAAUCUACAUUCUCAUCGCAGAGACCUUCGAGGACAUUUCGGAAACUCUGUCGGGUGCCGGUCCCGAGGUCUACACACAACUCUGUGCCAAAGUCUUGCCUUCAUUAUCGGGAGCCUUUGAUGUCGCUAAUCUGACUGAUGAGAACUCCUUGACCAAUCUUGCUGCAGAUAUGCUCUCCGAUCUUGCAAAGAACGGUCCCUCACCACUACCUCAAGGAUUCAUCGUCACCAUCAUGCCCAAACUUACACGUCUUCUCCUCGAAUCUCCCGACGAAGAGCUGCUGAAGGCAGCAACUUCUGCCACUCGAUACAUGCUGGAGAAAGACCCCGAACAGAUGUUCAACUGGGCGAAUCACGACGGCAAGAGCGGUCUCGAGGUCAUUCUAGUCAUCAUUGACCGUCUUCUCGGUCCAUCUGUCGAAGAUAAUGCCGCUGGCGAAGUCGGUGGUCUUGCUGCUGCCUUGGUCGAGAAGGCCGGAUCUGAAAGACUUGGUCCAUACUUAGCGCAACUCUUGAGCGCUGUUGCCCACAGGCUUAGCACCGCUACACAGACGCAAGUCAUCCAGAGUCUAAUUCUUGUGUUUGCAAGAUUGUCUUUGCUUUCAGCCAGAGAGGUAAUCGACUUCCUCGCUCAACUUGCUAUUGGCGAAGAGAGCGGGUUGCAAGUCGUCCUGACCAAGUGGCUUGAGAACUCUAUCAACUUUGCCGGCUAUGAUGAAAUCAGACAGAAGUAA